CGAGCCGCCUGUAGCGCCAAGCUCAAGCUCAAGAUGUCAACACGGGACACGUGGGGGCGAGCGGCUAGCGGCGCGUCUUGUGCUGCAGCUAUUUUGUGCUGUUUCCGUACACUCUCAGGAUAGCUGAAGGCCAAGACGUGUGUUUGGAGUGUGAGAGCUGAGUCAUGGCGGCGGUGACCUCGCUGGCCGCACAGUUGCAGCGGCUGGCCACACCCCAGACCUCCAUUCUAGACCAGAAGAGGGACAGGCGCUCCAUUCUGUUUGAUCCUUCGGAGGCUGCAAAAUAUGGCCGUGAUGUUUAUUACGACAUUGGUCUGUCUGGUUUGGAGACCCUGGUGAGAACGGACUCAAGAUUUGCAGCAUUUUCGGAGAGUCUGUUUGGGCGUGCCUCGAGGGACCUACAGAGAGCCGUGGAGGACAGGGAGGUGAACAACAGGCUGGAUGCUGAGAUAGAGAAGUUUCUGCUGCUCCUCUCCCCUUAUCUGCAGAAGGAGGCUGCAUUGAAGGCCCUUGAGUGGCUGGUGUAUAGGUAUCAAGUGAAUGAGAUGAACAAGCGUCCUCUCCUGAUGUGCAUCUUUCCGUACUACGAAUCUCCACUCUUCAUGAGAAUCCUGCAAAUUGUGUCACUCUCCGGGGACCAGGGGGAGUGGCAGUGGCUCUCCCAGUGCCAGAAGAAUGCCAGGCCCCUCCCCAAGCUGUCCGUCUUCACCCAGUGGGGAAAAAAGAGGGUUUUUCGGAAUUUUUUGGCAGAUUACCUCAAGAAAAUGAUGAAGGCACACACCCGCCAGGAGACACCCACAGUUGCAUCGUCCUUCUACAUAACUACAGUGUUGGGUGGCUUAGGAGUGAGUGAGGUGAGGGAGGAGCACCUGGCCAGCAUCGUCAAGUCCCUACACCUGUGCCUGGCCUCUGAGCACCCACACCUCGUUAGUGGCAUCUAUUUGAUUCUUGCUCAUGUGGCCUGCAAAACACACCUGUCACCAACCCUGCUAAACUCAGUGAUGCUGCUGCUGGUUCAGACACCACUUCCCACAGACGACCUCCUCCAGCCCUGCCUUCUCACCCUACUGACCCUGGCCCACCACCAGGAGAUGGGGGGGGUAGAGGAGAAGACCUUUGCAGCCCUGGGGGACAAUGCGGCCCUGCUGGGGGAACUGGGGGGCCUGGCCAGGGACAAGAGUGUGGCAGCCCUUGUGUGUCCCUUCCUUGGUGGUUAUAUAAGGCAUCUGAUGGGUGAAGAAGGGAAGAAGAACGAAGAGAAGAAGAAGAAGAAGGGAGUAAAGAUGGAAGAGGAAGAAAGGAGAAAGAAGAACAUUGCAAAGAAAUUUAACAAGCUGAUUCAAUUCCUGGCUUCCCUCCCUCUCGCCUCCUCUGACGCUGGCAAGGUGGUGUGGUCAGUGCUAGAGAGCCUCAGCUGUCACCCAAGGCUGCUCUCUCUCCCCGGGGUGAGUGUGGCGCAGGCAGUGAGGGACCUGGAGCUGUCCCAUCCCCAGGGCCACAACGAGGCCAUCGCACGCCUCACUGUGCAGCAGAAUGACCCUAACUGUGGCAAGAAGUACCGGAAGGUUCUCAAUGCACUUGUUCUCCCAUCCAUGCCAUUCCAACCACACUGCCUCACCCAGCUUCUCCACACUGAUGAAGGAGUCCGCACCGCUGCUGUUGAGGCCUUCCUAGAGAGACUGGCAAAGGGUGUGGAAGCCCCAGGGGAGGUCACGUCACUGCACAUCAGGUCAAUGCUGUCCGACGACUGCCCCGCCAUCCCCUGCCUGGCCCUUAGCACCCCCAAGGCACUGCAGGCACUGUCCCCUGCCCUCCUCGCCGACCUGUGCCACAAGCUUCUGGAGAGGAAGGGAAAGGAAUGGAGAAAAGCACGUGAACUAAGCAUUGUGGCACUGUCCGGCACUGUGGCGGAGAGCUGUGAUGCCCAGACGCGUAACAUGGCACUGUCUGUCUGCCUGCCUGUGACCUUGAUGCCGAGAGUGGCGAGCGACCUGGCACUGUCCAAAAACGUGCUGAAAUCUGAGCUUGCCCAUCACUGUGGCUUCCUGUCGGCACUCAAGAAGGAGAUAGCUGCCUGUCUCAGUGCCGAGUAUAAGCUGAAGGACUACAGUGCCAGGAUGUGGAGUGCGGUGCCAAGAAUCAUAGCCAGCCUGAGUGCCGCGGACCAGGAGGCGCUGCUGGGGCUGCUAGAGUGCCAGGGAGGGGGCCAGGGACAGGUAUUGGCACUGGGGCUCCUGUAUGCUGGCCUGGGCUCUGGCGGGGUGAAGGGGAACAUCGCGCUGGCUCUGGCACACAGGAUGCUGGAUGGCUGUCUGGCACUGAUGGAGGAAGGCAAGGUAUCAUCACCCCCCAAAGAGGGUCACAGCUGGACAGACAAGCAGGUGACCCCAAAUAACCUCCACACAUGCAUAAGCCAGGUGACCCAAGGUGACCUACCCUGCGACCUGCUCGUGACCUGUGUCCUGCGUGCUGCUGGGGUGUUCGUCUUGCCCUCAGCCUGCCAGGACACCCCCUACUGGACCCCCUUCAUGGAGGAGGAACCAGGUCAGGGUCACCUGCUGCUACUGGUGAAGGUGACCCGAGCUGCACUGAGGCUGGAGAGGGUUGGGGUCACAGCUGCCAGAGACGCCAUCUUGUGUAAAGUUUUGAAGAAGUGCUUGCCAAACUCCAGGAAACAGCUGCACUUCUUGGCACUCCUCUGGGGCUGGCAGGCGGCCCUCCCCUUCUCCAACCUCAUUGAUGAUACACUUCAGACAUGGUCCCUCAAGCUUGGUAUGUCCCUGCUCUCCCUUGGCACUGCGUUAUCCUGGACCCUCAGCCCUGACAGCCCCCUGGUGCCGGCCCUCCUGUCAGCCCUCACCAGUGCCGAGGGCUUGGUGCGGGGGGCGGCCGUGGAGUGCCUCAGGGGCUUGGCUGCCAUACCUGGGGCUGCUCUUACAGCAGAAAGUGUGGUGGUUGUGGUGAAGUUGGUGGUGGCGCAGGCGGAGGAGCUGGUGGAGGAUGGCAGUCAGUUGGCAGCCCUGCUCAGUCACACAGUGGGUGAUCAGAGGCGCCAACAGCAGCAGGCUUCGCACUGCCUCCUGGGGCUUCUGGUGGGGGACGCGGCACCCCCCCACAUCAAGGCGGCACUGCUCUAUGCCCUCUCUGGUGCCACACAGCCGGGUAUCCUCCUGAACCUCAUCCCAUUUGCCGAGGAGCUUCUUAAUCAAGCUGAAGACAUUGCGAAGAAAAAAACAAGUAAUCAAACGAAACAGGAGCAGGAGGAGGAGGAGGAGAUGUGCCUAGAUAGUUCCUCCUCCCUCUGCCUCCUCUAUAUCCUGCAGAGGUUCACGGGAGGGGCUUCAAAGGUGCUGGAGUCCGAAUCAGGAUGGAAGGUUUUCAAAAGGGCUCUCUCCUGUAGUCGUGCCUGCCUCAAUGUACACGGGGACUUUGUGUCUCCCCAGGGCGUUCUGCUGAAAGAGGUCCUCAGCACAAAGUUCCUGUCCAGUUUGGUGUCACAGGUCACACAGGCCCAGUUGUGGUCACUGCUGGUGUCUCGGGUCACAGCCUCUGAUGACCCCCAGGAGGCAAGUCGUCUGCGGCAUGCCCUGAGGCGCGUGACCCUUGACGCAGAGGUCAUCGUGGGUCAAAUAGAGGCCCUUGAGCUUGUUCCCAAGGUCACGAGCAUAAGAGAAGCUAGAGAGAAGAGGAUUAAAAUGAAGGAGGACAGCAACCACCUACAGGCAUGGCACAAGCUCCGCCUAAUGAUGGAGACCCUGACAGUAAUGGCUGACCUCAAACGACCCUGGCUCCUCGUUAACCCCUUGUUCAACGCCCUGCAGCUGACCCUGACCCUUGACCUGACUUCCACCACCCUCCUCCAGCAACAGGUGCUCUCCACUCUCCUCCACCUCCUCCACAAGUCCAUAGAGGAGCUGGGAGAGCAAGAGGUGGCACGGGUGACGCAGGUCAGUGUGGAGGUGGUGGUGCAGGUGGUUCGUGCGUCUCUGAGCCAUGACACGCAGCGCCGCGCCCUGCAGCUGCUGGCCGUCGCUGCAAGACUGGUGCCGGAGUCUGUGCUGCACAACAUGAUGGCAAUAUUCACCUUCAUGGGGACGUCUCUGCUGCGCCGCGACGAUGCUUACUCCUUCCAAGUCAUCCACCAAACCAUUGAAGCCAUUGUGCCCACUCUGAUCAAGUUCCAGGGUGCAGGUGUGGAGGCGCGACUAGCACAGGUGUGUCAGGUGUUUGUGGACGCCCUGCCUGACUUGCCCCACCAUCGCCGUCUGCCUCUCUUUACACAGCUGGCUAACACACUGCAGCCAGAUGAUAACCUUUGGCUCCUACUGGCCCUACUCGCGGACUCACACGUCACUCGGAGCGGCGGCAGCAGUGGGGGAGAGGGAGAGGAGGAGAAGAGUGCACUCCCUCAGGCAAUUCAAUUUUCACUCAUUUUGGCCUCCCAUUUCCCACCAACUACUCAGCUGUGUGCCUGCAUCAAACUUGUCUAUCUUGUCAGCUCCCUUCCUGAUGACCAAGAUGGUGCAAAAAUACUACAACAACAACAACAACAACAACAAAAACACAGAAAAAUUACGUCAGGAGAACCCAAGAAGAAGAAGAAGAAGAAAAUGAUGAACGAAGAAGAGGAAGAAGAGAUGGAGGUGGUGGAAGCAGAGGAGGAGGAGGUCAAGGAGGUGGAGCAAGUGGAUGUAACUUUGCUUCCACUCUCCACACACACCCAACGACAGAUAUUUUACCUCAAAUACCCAACAACAGCCUUGAUCGGGCACCUGCUUGUUAGUGAAAGAUUUGUGGGCAAGGUGUUUGAGGUGGAGGAGCAGGGGGACGGGGAGAAGCUGCAGACCUUGUACAAACAGCUGCUGCGGGUUACCAUGUGCUUCCUGCAGGCUGUGACCUUUGCCUGUCACCUCCACCAGGACAAGCCCUCAGGCCGCUUGUUUGCUGCCCUCCAGCGCAAGGUGGUGGAGGUGGUGGAGGGGGUGACGUCCCUGCUGCCACCCCCGGCCCUCCUCAGGGUGACCCAGGGCCUCCUCACCUCCGCCGUGCCCCUGGUCAGGGCAAAGGCCGCUGAACUGUUAGCUGCCAAACUCCUGCCCUCCUCUCAGGCCUUCUUCAGGGCCGAGGACACCCCUGCACUCCAGACCAGCCUCAGGACACUCAGCGCGGCCAGUGUCAGCAAGGAAGAGGCUGCAGAGAACAGACAGACGUACCUCUUCUGCCUUCAGCUCCUCACACGCUACCUGGCAACACACACACCGCAGCCCUCACCCAACAGCCUGCAGCCUGCCCUCACUACUGCUGUGGGGGUGCUGUGUGAUGAAGAGGAGGAGGUGCGGGUGGUGACUCAGGCGCUGCUGGUUGUGGCUGAGGCUGUGGCGGCCCUGCAGGUUGCGGCUGUGGGGUGUCUUGGCCGCCUCAUGCCUGCACUGAUCAGACUGAUGGCGGCUGCUACUGCUGCUACUACUACUACUACUACUACUACUGCUACUACUACUACUACUACUACUGCUACUGCUACUGCUGCUGCUACUACUACACAGCUCCUGGCGAUCCUCACAGCAUUACAUAAGGUAGUAGACAGCCUCCCCCAGCUUCUCUCGCCGCACCUGGAGGAGCUGGUGUGUCAGGUGUGCCUCGUCAAGCCCCCGGAGGAAGCAGGGACGGGUGUGAAGGAAGGGAAGGUUGCAGGAAAGUUGGCAUCUGUUCGGGAAAGUUUAGUAAAGAAAGUAGAAGCAAGAGUUUUGGUGCCGAAGAUGACUAAGGCGUUCCACCAGCUGUCGAAGGGGGAAUCAUUGUGGCCUGUAGAGAGCCUGGUGACCCUGGUGGAGGCCCUAGUGGGGGAGGUGGCCGCCCCCAGAUUGCCCAACCAGCGUCCUGCUCUGCUCUCUCUCCUCACUACUGCCCUUGAUCUGCGUCAUGCCAGGGGCACAGCAGAGGGGGGAGGGGCUGGAAGGGGUGGAGGAGGCAGCAUUUUCAGCACUGAGUCGUCUGCUGCUGCGUCUCCCGGAGCAGGACAACAUUGCUAUCUUCUCCUCCCUCGUCACCUGGGCCGCCCCAAACACACCUCAACGCCUCCUGGUCUUCUACAGGUUCUCAGCACAUCUGGCCAGCACCUACAAAGUGUUGUUCCUGGCGGCCCACCUUGCUGAACUGCUGCUGACCCCCGCUGCUGACCUCCUCACGACCCUCAACGACACCCCACACGUGUUUGGCAAGGACCAGGAUGCACAGACGCUCACAUGUACGCUUCUGAAGGCCGUCCUGGAAACGCUCACGAAGAUCUGCGCACAUGACACCAUCGGAUUUGUUACCCAUGAGCGUUUUCACCUCCUGUGUGCGCCUCUUGCUGACCUGGUUGGUAACGAGGUUGGGGGCACAGAAGCCUACCAUGAGAGGGUUCAGAGUCACCUGUCGCCCUGCCUGACACACCUGGCACUGGCUGGCGGGGAUGACACCCUUUGGAGGAAGCUGACUGAACGGAUCUUGCUGUACCUGAAGGAGGACUCGACCAGGCCACAGGUCGUCCUAGGGGCACUGGAGGUCUUCAGAGGACUGGUAGAGGCCCUUGGCGAGGACUUCCUGCGACCCCUAUUGGCUGACGUCAUCCCACCAAUCACAGAGGCCGUUGAAAGCACCAAUCAGGAAAUAGAAGCUGCAACAAGAGCACUAUUCACAAAAAUGGAGACUAUUUUGGGAGACACACUAAGGGCUUAUCUUGAUUAUUAAAAGGUGUGUGUGUGUGUGUGUGUGUGUGUGUGUGUGUGUGUGUGUGUGUGUGUGUGUGUGUGUCCAUCUGGCUAUAAUAAAUUUGUCUUGUGUU